AGUAACGCAUUUGCAAUAGAAACAAACGUGUUUACGCAAACGCGCUAUAACUUUCAAUGUGUUUUUGCAAAUUUUAAAGUCAAUAAAGUAGAUGCAAUGAAUUUUUAGCAAGAUAUGAAGGAUCAUAUGAACAACUUCUCAAGCGCCAACUUGAAAAAAACAUCAAGUGGAUGGGACAGCUGAAUAUAUAUGUGGGUAAAUAUUUGUUCUCAGCUCAAUACAUUUUGAACUGAAAGCUUAAAAAUGAGGAUUAGGAAAGACGGGAAUGUGACUGUGUUCAUAUAGUGAUUAAGUUUUUUUCGUUAAUAUGUCAAACGUUGCAACGUCAGCUAAAAUGGUUUCCAGUCCCCAAAAUAUCACAAAACACGAUGUAGAGUCAUUUCUGCAAGCAAAUGAAAUAUUUACAAGGGAUUUUGUCACGAAGUAUUUGAAAAGCAAUCCAAAAUUUGUCGAUGAGUACUUUCUUAGCUAUGCAUCAAUGGAACUCUUUGAAGAAUGGUAUGAUAAACAGGUUAAUUUGAAGCUCAAUAGAUCGCGAAAUAAAAUAUCUAAAACUCCUUUCAACACGAGUAUCAACGAAGAUGGUGUUUAUAAGAUUGAUACUCCUGCGGAAGCAGGUACAACGGAACGAUUUUUACCAUAUAAGGACAGUAGUUUCCACAGCAGGCGCAAAUCUGAGCCAAUUAAAAAAGACGGCAAAAAAAGAAAUGGUGGAGAAAGCUCUGACAAAAUAACCGAAUUAAACUCAAUCCGUAGCUUGCGCAAGAGUCAUACAUUGCCGAAAACGAAAUAUCGAACAAUAUCGAUUGAUGAUAAUAACAAUUCGAAUGAAUACGACAAAGAUCCGACAACGAUGAGUAUGAAAUUUAACCUUGACAUUAAUUCGAAGCCAUUUUUAAGGAAGGCGCAAUCUGCUCCGACGUAUAAAGCUGAUUUGUCUCAACUGAUUCGCUCUUCAGUUUAUUCCGGUUCACCCACCAAUAAGCAUAUCAAUGUGGAAAAUAGAAUGAUACUAAAAGAAUCUGACGAACAGAACUUUUUAGUUGAAAUCAUUAAAGAUGUAUCAAAAGACCUUAGCUUACAUAGGACAUGUUUUCGAAUUGUAGUCAAUUUUGGGUUCAUGCUAAACAUAGAAAAAGCUUCCAUCUAUAUUAUGUAUAAAGACAAUGACAGCUCUGUUUUAAGAUUGGAACUACAACAUGUGACAAUUGAAGAUGGAGUUCGUAGAGGGAGUCUUUCCAGAAAAUUUGAAAGUUCAACAGAUGUACCCUUUGGUAAAGGCAUUAUUGGAUAUGUUGCAAGUACUGGCGAAAGUCUUUUUUGCAACGACGUAAAAAAGAAUAAAUUGUUUGAUGCGGUGCAUGACAAUUGGUAUGACAACAGUGUACGGAAUGCCCUGGUGCACUCCGUCUCAGGUGAUAAUGGAGAGACAAUUGCAGUGAUUGUUGCUAUAAACAGCAAAGGAGGAGAUUUUUCUGAAGAAGACAAACAGGUUGGCGGGACGUUUUUGUCUUUUUGUGGAUCAAGUAUCACAAAUGCAAAAAUAUUUGAAUUAACAAAAGAAGAAUUUGAUCGAAACAGAGCUUUGUUAGAAUUAUCACAUGAGGUAUUUGAAGAGCAGUCAUCUUUAAAUAAAGUCAUACAGAAAGUAUUGAAUAAAGCUAUUGAAAUGUUCGAAUGUCGAAAAUGUUCUUUAAUGCUGAUUGACGAUCCCAAAGAAAGCGACGAUCGUCGAAUAUUCUCAAAAUUAUUCCAAAUGACGUCAUCGGAAUCUAAAGCAGAGCAUAGAUUCUCAAAGUUUCAGCGCGAUAGUAUGGUUUUCUCAUCAAAUUUCGAUCCAUUUAUUGAUGGAGUAUCAGAUCCUAAUGUUUUAAAUUCAAGAAAGGAUAAAAAGUUGAUUUUACAUUCAACACCAAUCAGUUCUGUGCAAAGUGGAAUUACUCAAGAUAAAGGCAACAUAUGUAUACCGAUCAGAAAUAACGUCACACAAAUAAUAGGUGUUCUGAAAUUAAGUGAACGAGUAAACGGACUACCUUUAACUAGCAACGAAGAAAAACUGUUGGAGGCAUUUGCAAUAUUUGCUGGUCUUGGCAUCAACAACUGCAUCAUGUAUGAUAAUAUCUUAAAGGGACAAGCACGUCAGAAAGUUGCUUUGGAGGCACUCUCGUAUCAUACAGCGGCUCGACAAUCAGAUGUGGACAGACUAAAGUUCUCUGUAAUACCAUCAUGCAGUGCGUUUCACCUGACAAGUUUGACGUUCGACGAUUUUUCUUUACUUGAUCAUGAAAUGUUGACAGCCUCAAUACGAAUGUUUAUGGAGUUUGGUUUUUUGAAGAAAUACCAGAUCGAAUAUGAAGUGUUAUGCAGAUUUUUAAUUACGGUGAAAAACAAUUACAGACGAGUCAUCUAUCAUAACUGGAGACAUGCUUUCAAUGUAACACAGUCCAUGUUUGCUGUUCUAACGACUGGACAGGUCAGUGAGCAAUUAAGCUCAAGUGAAUGCUUAGCUUUGCUGGUCGGAUGUUUAUGCCAUGAUUUGGAUCAUCGAGGUACUAACAAUGAAUUUCAAAUGAAGACCGACUCACCAUUGGCCAAAUUGUAUGGUACAUCUACGAUGGAACAUCAUCACUUUAACAGAGCAAUCAUGAUAUUAAAUAGUGAAGGAAACAAUGUUUUUGGACAUUUGCAAUCUGAGGAAUACCGGAAGAUUAUGAAACUCAUUAAGCAUGCAAUAUUAGCAACAGAUUUGUCCAACUACAUCAGACAACGUCAAACAUUCUCCACUGCUAUAAAAACCCAUUCAUUUGAUACAAGUAAACCUGAAAACAGAGCGAUGUUACGUAGCAUGCUGAUGACUGCUUGUGAUUUAAGUGGAAUUACAAAACCAUGGGAUAUACAAAAACGGGUGGUACACCUAGUAACAAGUGAGUUCUUUCAUCAAGGGGAUAUCGAAAGAGACAAACUGAAUGUUGAACCGAAACAAAUGAUGGAUCGGAAGUACAUUCUGCAGUUACCAAAAUUACAAGUACAAUUUUUUCAGAUGAUGGGAGUACCAGUGUAUCAGAUUUUGUCAGAAUUUAAUAAAAAUUUGGCAGUUUUGGCGGAAGGUGCAAAGAAAAACAAAGACAAAUGGCAAGAACUUAGUGCUCAAAUCGAGCAAGGUCACGUGGACCCUGAUAUUGAACCUGUUUUGCAUCCUGUGAAAAAUGAAGAUGAGAUAUUCUACGCAUGACGUUUAUAAUGGUAGCUUUGAAACAGAGUGUAGUUAUGUUGAUGCGUGCAAAACAUUUGUGUUUAGGUGUUCAUCUCAGCGAUUCAUAAUUAGCCUACAGUUGUAACGUAUAUGUUUUUAAAGUGCUAUAGACAGGCGUUUAUUUCAAAUCCCUCUUUACUGAUUUGUAAUAAAAUUUCUAAAAAAAAAAUAUUAAAAAACACAUUUAAAUGUUUCCAAGCGAUUCUUCUCAUUUAUCUAUACCCGUAUUCUAUCUGUAUGUGCGCAAAAAAUAAUUUGUUCUAUAAACACUAAAUUGCAAAUGCGAUAUAUUUUUAGCGACUUUGUUGCGACGGACAAAAUCCCAUGGAUUUUCUAUGGGCUUACGACAAAUCUUAUUUAUUUUUGAUAUUUUUCUGUCUUUAAGUUCUCAUGUAAUUAACGACUAAGUAUUUAUUAUGAAACAAAUAGUAUUCUAUAUAUGUAUGUAUCAUCUGAUUAGUUAACAGAAAUUGCGGUUAAUUAUA